AUGGUAGGCAGCUCUUCUAGAGCUCAGGGCCUGGACUCUGGCUCAUUAAAAUUCAGCCUCAUUCUACUUCUGCUGAGUCCUACAAUGCAUGUGAUCUGGUGUUAUCCAGUUUCACCUUCUAAGGUGUCUGGAAAAUCUGAUUAUUUUCUCAUCCUGCUGAACACCUGCCCAACCAGGAUGGACAGAAGCGAGGGACUAGAUUUUCUAAAGCCAAUUUUCAAGAAGACGUUUAUGAAAAGGUCCUUUCGCAAUGGAGUUGGCACAGGGAUGAAAAAAACUUCCUUUCGAAGAGCAAAAUCAUGA